AUGGAUGUUUUAGCUAGAAAAUCUACCAAAAAUUUGAUAGCCAUUAAGAGGCCGUCAGCCACAUUAGCACAAAAUUUUGCUCCUUCAGUGAAAUUUUUUGCCUUCCCCGCUAAAAAUUUGAACGUUUUAAAAAUUUUGGCUCUCACCAGUCAAACGAAAGAUUCCGACCAGUUGAAAGCAGCCAUCGAGGGCUAUCAGGAAAUCCUAAGGCACAAGGCCAAUCCGAAAAAUUUGAAGAAAUUCGUCGAGGCAUGUCCAGUCCUGUUAAUAACUGGACAAAAGUCUGUCUUCAACGGUACAACGAGGGCCCUCCACCAGUCCAUCCUGAAAACAUGCUGCGACAAGGGUAAGGUGGAAUUCAUCGAAGUCGCCGGAGUUGCCAACAUCCUCGAAGAAAAGCCUGACAAACUGGCAGAGAGUCUUCAAUAUUUCCUUCAAGGAUUAGGGCUAGUUUCCAGCCUGCCGAUGCACAACAUGUCACGCACCGUGCCCCCUCCUCUCAGGGUCAGGUCAAUGUCCAUGGUCGAAUACGACCUGCCCGCCUGUCAGCGCCACAACAUCGCUGAAGAACAGGGGUGGGCAAACUACGGGCCCUAUUUAACGGGAAAGCUAUUUUAUGCGGCCCGCGAGACCUUAUUCGCCGAUAAAAGGAAUAUCCGGUCCCACAUCCCCUCUCAUGGCAAGUCCAGUUUCAGAAGAAUCCAACAACAACAACAACAUCGACAACAACAACAAUAA